AUGUCCCGGGUCAUCCUUUUGUGCUUGGUCAAUCUGUGCUCGUACGCUGGCUUAGUCAGUGGCGUCUUACGGGUGAUGACGUUCAUAUUUGGUUUAUCUGGAGCGUCAGUGAAUAAUGGUCUACAGAAGAUUGCUAAACACAUUCUCCUAGUGAAUCCAGAUAUUGUAGCACUGCAGGAAGUGGAGAACGAGCAUGUUGUUGGCAAUUUGACUCAAAUGCUUGGCGAAGAGUGGGUUGGCGUGCAUCAUACAAAUCGAACUCCACCGGAUACGGCUAUCUUGACUAGGCAUGAGUUCCAUCCACAUUCCUACACCGACACCAGUACCGGUAUUGGAAUACGAAUCCUUGUCGACUCUCUAUUUUUCGUCAAUUUCUGGUCAGUGCAUCUCGAUUAUCUCUCCUAUGGGCCAUACGCAGCUUAUAACAAGAUGGUGACGUCAAUGGAUCAAAUUCUUGCAGGAGAAAGGCCUAGCCAUUAUUUAGGUAGG